CUUCCUCAAUCAGCGCACCCCUCCCUUCACUUUUAACCUAAGCCCAGAAAGGCCCAUUAACAGAGUCACCCUUUGUUGUAAACUGUAACGAGCUCGAGAGCACCUUCCAUGGAGGCAAAGACGGAGACGUAAUAAUGAACCGGAGAAAGUACAGAUUCUUAUUCUGAGCGGAAUUUGGGGCAGCAGCGAGCUAAAUCCUAUAUCAUCAUUACCUUACCUCUCUGUACUGUCUGUGGUGCAAUAUAGAGUAGAUUGUUUCGUCAGUUAUGGCGGCGUUGAUUUCCAAAAGGCUACUACGUUGUUCUUCUGGGUCCUUGCCUUCACUUGGACGAUGCUACUUUAAUUCACCUAAUCCUGGGUCUCCCCCUUUUUAUAAAUCACGUGAUGUAUACAGCAGAUUAUCUGGGGAAAGACUUCUUUCUGCAGAAUGUUGUUUGGUCAGAUCAAUGAUCCGACAAUUUUCUACUUCUAUUUUAACUCCUGGGCCUGAUGAGAGCGCAUUUCCGUCCGAUUUAUUGUCCAAGAAGACUCUAGCAACAUCUGAGCGUACUAUAGGGCUUUGCCAGGAUCUUUUGAUUCCAGUUACCAACUUUCAUAAUGAAGACAAGGGCUUUAUGGUUUUACCUGGAGAUGUUUUUGAUUUGCCUAUUCGGAAGGACAUUAUUCAUCGUGUCGUUAGGUGGCAGCUCGCAAAACGACAACAGGGGACUCAUUCAACAAAAACUAUCAGUGAGGUCAGUGGGACUGGAAAAAAGCCUUGGAAACAAAAGGGAACUGGUAGAGCAAGGCAUGGUUCAUUGCGUGGGCCUCAGUUUAGGGGUGGUGCCACUAUGCAUGGCCCCAAGCCUCGAAGCCAUGCUUUCAAAGUCAAUAAGAAGGUUCGGCGUCUAGGGCUAAAGAUUGCCUUGUCAGCUCGUGCAGCAGAAGGAAAGCUUCUCGUGCUUGAGGAUCUGGAGGUUCCCACACAUAAAACCAAAAACAUUGUGAAUUACUACAAUCAAAUGGAGAAUACCAAGAAACUUCUGCUUGUCGAUGGCGGGCCUAUAGAUGAAAAGUUAAAAUUAUCUACACAAAAUCUACACUAUGUUAACAUACUUCCCUCCAUUGGCUUGAAUGUCUACAGCAUUUUGCUGCAUGACACAUUGGUGAUGUCCCGAGCUGCGGUGAACAGAAUUGUUGAGCGUAUGCGCACUCCAAUAAAUCGUUGAGGCAAUAACUAUUUUUUUGUGCUUUAACUUCAUUUACUCGGAAUAGGAAUUGUAUCCCAUGUCCCCAUUUCUGUAACAACAUAAAGGGAUCCAAUGAGAAUAUCUUUGGUACAAGAUUUCUGUUAAAAGUUAGGCAAGUUAUGCCAUUUUGCUCAUGUUGAAGGUAAACUCUGGAAAUUGUUGGUCGAAUUUGGAUGUUCAAAUUGUUAAGUUGAUCAUGUUUUCCGAUGACUAAA